AUGAGCGCACUAGAAGAUGAGAAGGAAGAUGUCAGAGAGAAUGCAUAUGAAGCCCUAGGGAAAAUAGGUGGAACAGCAGCGAGGGAUGAAAUGAUCGUUAAGCUAGUGAGUGCACUAGGAGAUGAGAAUGACAACGUCAGCGAGAGUGCACUUUAUGCUAUCGGAAAGAUGGGUAAAAAAGCAGCGACAAAUGAAGUGAUCACGAACCUCAUGGGUAUGCGUUGUAAAGAUGGGACCUUGGCUUGUCAAGUUCCAGACGCUAUAGAUAAUAUUUUAAGUUCGUCGACCUCAAUAAUGAAACUCGAUCCAAAGCUAAUCUUACAACUUUCCUGGAGGAAAAGUGAAUUAAUUUGCUUGAAAAAUGUUUUAAUGGAUGAAUUAAUUGUAAAAUUUUUCGAUACUCAAAGCCGUGAUUGGUUGCCCUUGGUGGCUGAUAUUGCGCUUCAGAAGGGAGCUGCUUUGUUGAUGACUAACGGGGCAGUGAUGGUGUAUGAUAAGAAAGAACCAGUAGUGGUACAUGUUUCGAAUUUGGAACUACAUCAAGAACUCAUUGGAGUUCUGACCAAUCAGGCAAUACAAAUGCAUUUAUCUUUCGGAAUAGAAUCAGAAAAAAUAACGGAUCAAAAUAUACCGAAUGUCAAUAACGGUAAAAGAAAAAGGGGUGAUUCAUUAAUAUCAACAUCAAAACGACAAAAACAGCCACAACAGGACAAUAAUACAAAUGCUAAUACUGACAGUUCAGAUGCAAGGAAUACUGAAAAAAUAGCAAAAUUAGCGAGUGGCGAGAGAAAAGUUAACGAUUUACCACUAAUAAAACAGCUUGAAUCACUACAAGGUCAAUGUUAUGAAGCUAAAAUAUCAAGAACAUUUGAAACUGCCAGGGAACAAGAACAAGAUGAUUUUAUUGUGGAAGAUGUUGGUGCAUGGAUCGAUACAGCAAAGAAUGGUGUAUAUAUUGCCGCACAUAUCGUUUCCUUAGGUGACGCACAAUAUCAUAAUGGACGUGAACCUCAACCUGGUCUUGUUCAAUUAGAUCAAAAUCAAAAUUUAAUGUAUCGCCAAAACAGCUCUAAGCUAUUCAAUGAAAUAUAUCCGAGCUCAUAG